GGGGAGACUCGGGUCUUGAAUUUUACUGUCAGUGAUGGAAAGACUUGAGAAUGCUAGCUGGAUUCACCAGCGGGAACUGGAAGAUUUACUCAAGAACUACCUCAACAGCACAGAGGAUUACCUGGCCUACCUGUGCGGGCCUCGGCGCAGCCACCUCUUCCUCCCCAUGUCUGUGGUGUAUGCACUGAUUUUUGUGGUGGGGGUGGUGGGAAACCUCCUGGUGUGCCUGGUGAUUUUGAGGCACCAGAGCAUGAAAACACCCACCAACUACUACCUCUUCAGCCUGGCUGUCUCAGACCUCCUAGUCCUGCUCCUUGGCAUGCCCCUGGAAGUCUAUGAGAUGUGGUGCCACUACCCUUUCCUGCUGGGGCCCAUCGGUUGCUACUUCAAGACGGCGCUUUUCGAGACUGUGUGUUUCGCCUCCAUCCUUAGCGUCACCACCGUCAGCGUGGAGCGCUACGUGGCCAUCCUCCACCCCUUCCGUGCCAAGCUGGAGAGCACCAGGCGCCGGGCUCUCAGGAUCCUGGCUGUGGUGUGGGGUUUCUCCGUCCUCUUCUCUCUGCCUAAUACCAGCAUCCAUGGCAUCAAGCUCCAAUACUUCCCCAACGGGUCCUUGGUCCCAGGCUCUGCCACCUGCGAGAUCAUCAAGCCCAUGUGGAUCUACAAUUUCAUCAUCCAGGUCACUUCCUUCCUCUUCUACAUCCUCCCCAUGACGGUCAUCAGCAUUCUGUACUAUCUCAUGGGACUCAGACUGAAGAAAGAUGAGUCCCUCCAGGCAAAUGAAGUGACCACAAAUAUUCAAAGACCCUCCAGAAAAUCAGUCACCAAGAUGUUGUUUGUCUUAGUCUUGGUGUUUGCUAUCUGUUGGACCCCAUUCCAUAUUGACCGACUCUUCUUCAGCUUUGUGGACGAAUGGAAUGAAUCCCUGGCCACUGUGUUCAAUCUCAUUCAUGUGGUAUCAGGUGUCUUCUUCUACCUGAGCUCGGCUGUCAACCCUGUUAUCUACAACGUGCUGUCUCGCCGUUUCCGGGCGGCGUUCAGGAAUGUCAUCUCUCCUUCCUGCAAACGGUGGCAUGCACAGCAACCCUCACAGGAACCACCUGCUCAGCACAACAUUUUCUCGACAGAAUGCCACCUUGUGGAGCUGACAGAAGAUGCAGGUCUCUAG